CCCCCCCCCCCCUCCUAGGGUCUUCUCUCACGGUCUGGCAGCACCAGGUCCCCUCCUACCCUCCUCCCAGGGCAGGUGUUUCUCAUCUUACCUCUUACCCUCACCGCCGCUCCCUCUUUGCUGUCCCGUCGCGUCCAACAAUGGCCCUUUUCUGAGCGGCCAAUCUUGCCUUCGAGACGUGUAACGCAUCGCGUGCUCGCCUCCAGUGCCCCUCCUUUGCUGGGGUCCAACUCUUAGCGUCUCGUCCGUCAUCCAUAGUGCCUUUUAUAUCGUUACCACAUGGCCGCUGUAUUCGUACCACCUUCGCCUCGGUCUGCUCUUAAUAUGUCGACACGCCGACCACUCGCCAACGUGCCGAAUGCUACCAAUUCCCCCCAUAGGUCGGGCCUCGUGCCUGCCAAACGACCCCGACCAACCAACGCCCAGAUUGACAUCCCUUACGGCCAGCCUCCUCCCAAGAAGCAGGUAGUCGACGCUCAGGAGGCAGACGCCCGGUCCCCGUCCCGGACCAGGUCGUCUGCGUACCAGAGCACGGACAACCGACUGUUUUCCCGACGAGCCAACAAUGGUCAACCGAGUGCGUUCGAGAGGAGGCUGGUGGCUGCGCGGGAUAAAGAACGUUCGACCCAGGUGAAAGGGACCAGGACUGAGAGGCCGUCGGCCGAGACUAUGGAUUCCAUCAGGCAGUGGCAGAGGCAUUACCGCAAGGCGUUUCCUCAAUUCGUUUUCUACUUCGACAGCAUCCCGGUUGAUGCUCGUGGAAAGUGUGCCCGGCAGGUGGCUGCUUUGGGGGCUCGCGAAGAAAAGUUCUUCUCUCGUCUAGUUACCCAUGUCGUCACCUCUCGUCCUAUCCCCCCCGAAAGUGAAACCCCCAGCGCGACGGAAUUCAAUGGCGAGGCGGCGACGCAGGCAAAUCUGGACGGGUCGAUGCAGACGGUGAAUCCGUCCCUGCUCGAGAAGUCUGCCGACACGCACAUUCAUUUGUCCUUAAAAAACGACGGACGACGUGACCAGAAGGUGGAUAUCUUGCACCGGGCUCGCCAAAUGGGAAUGAAGAUCUGGGCAAUCGAGAAGCUCCAGCGCAUGAUUGCAACCAUAAACGAUGGAGAGAUUGGAGGACACAACGGGCAUACAACUCGAAACAACGCUGUUGUUGGUGGUCAUACUCGAGCCAGGGGCGACAACGACCUUUCGCAGGUACUUCAGAACGAGCUAAUGAAUGGCCCGUCGGAUCGCAACCCGUUGUCUGUGCUGAAGGAGCUGGUCAUGUUCAAGGGGCCUUUCAUUUACAUCCACGAUAUGGACGAGAAGACACGACCUGUCAUGAUGCGCGAAUAUCCCAAGGUGGCAAGACGGCAAGAUGGUAUAUGGCCACAAUUUAGAAGUGCACCACUAGGAAAGUGUCCAUUUAUUGACGAGCCGCCUACGAAGAAGGAGCUGGAUCGUCAGCGUGCCCGUCAGCGGGAGAGGGAAAAGAAGGUCUUCGUCAAACCUGCUCCUGUGCAGGAGGUUCCAGAGGCCAAGCUGAAUGCGCCAGAUGUUCCCAGGAAGACAGUCGAAUGCGAAGCUGAGGAGAAUGCUCUUGAUUUCGACCAAGGCGAAGAGCCUCCCUUCGAAAAGGAGCCCGAAACACAGGAGAUGCCGCCGACAAAACCGUUAUCCCCAAAACCUUGCGAGGAAAGCUUUGUGCCUCCUCAGCUUCACCGCACCGGGCCGUUUUACCAUGGCCGUGAGCCUGCCGCGUCAGGUGUCCAGCCUUCCAAUAUCACUUCCGCCAUUCGAUCCCAGAUGGUGUCCUCUACUGCUGCUGCGCCAGGCGCCAAAGCUGGUUUGAGCAAGGAGGUCCAUGAGUUGAAGAGAAAGGUUCUCGAGAAAGGAAACGGAGGGCUCAUGGCCGCCCCGGCGCCUCCAUUGUACCACGGUGCUUAUGCGACCGCAAGCUCGAAAACCGAAGCUCAGGACGACCGUAUUGGGAAGAUGGAACCGCCGGAGAGGCUCGGCAACACAAUCGAGGAUACAACACAGAUGGAUGUCAACGGGGCUCUCAAGCGGCGAGCGAGCAACCGGAAGGAAAUAGUAAUCCCCCCGAAAAAGAAAGAGAAGAGGAGAGAUCCCAAGCCGGGCUACUGUGAGAACUGCAGGGAUAAGUUUGACGACUUUGAAGAGCAUGUCAUGACCCGCAAGCAUCGCAGAUUUGCAUUGAACAGGGCAAACUGGGCCGAGCUGGAUUCCUUACUGUGUCAGCUUAACAGACCGCUGAAAGAUGCAUCCUUCCAGGUAGAGGAAUCCUACGGCUUCCCUUCAGACUACGUCCCUCUAGACUACAUUAUCUAGGAGGAAAGGAAGAACAAGACGCGGCAUAUGUACGAUCUAUUUACCUGUCUCUCGACAUUAAACUGGCCGAGGCGCAACUCGCGGGGUUUGCUGAACACUCAGCGGGGUUAAUAUAUGAAAGAACAUGAGCUCAUUCUUGGUAGCAGCGCCGUGCUUGUGUCUUGUAUUCGCUGUUUAGAGCGGCGUAUUACCAUCGGCUGACAUCGCGUCUAGUCCUUCCUUUAUUUCCAUCCUUGCAUCUUUCCCUUCCCUCUUUCUCCAUCUUUUUGCAGUCUUCACUUGCGCUUCGUUCCCCCUUGUAAUUGAUGCACAAUUGGCGUCCUUGGGUGCUGCAUGUUUUCUUUCAUUCGUGUUUAACCGUUGAUCUGAUUAACGAAGAGCAUCUAACGGCCUCGCCAACAACGAUUUUUGAGAUCUUGGAAACCCCCCCUGAUAGCAAAGAGGCAAAGAAAAAAGAACAAAAAGAAUACAAAAAAAAAAAAAGAUCAAACGAAG